AUGGAGGGUACACGUCGAUUGAAUCCUGAUGCAUUACCGUUUUACCCUUCCAGAUCCCAUCAUUUUAAACCUUCAACUGGUGUCCCCCCUCCGGCAUCGCCAUCGCCAUCGCUGCCUCCACACCAACCACCACCGCCUCCGACCAGGAUUGGGAAAAGUUCUUUUAGAUAUUCGAAUUCACUUACUCCAGUCCCUAAGGGGCCGAGGAUUCGAGGAGGUAGAGGUACUCCUGGACGGAGAUUUGCAUCAGGACGUGUCAUUGUUGGCGAUGAUGGUCGCAGCGACGGUGGUAGACCGUUGUGGGUGAGAAAAGGGGUUUAUCGAGAAGUCACACCUUUAGAUCCUGAUGAAAAUUCCACUUCCAUCAUGAUUCGAAACAUCCCAAACAACUACACUAGGGAACUAUUAGUGAAGUUGCUGGAGGAUCAUUGCAACCAAGAAAACAAGAAGGACGAAAACGUGGUUCGAUCAGCCUUCGAUUUCGUAUAUCUUCCUGUUGAUUUCAAAUAUCGUUUAAACGCUGGAUAUGCGUUCGUAAACUUCACAACCCCGGAGGCUGCUUGGAGGUUUCAGAAGUCGAUUAAAGGAAAAGGAUGGGAUUUGUUUCAAAGCAAAAAGAUUGCCGAUGUUGCUCGUGCCAAAAUCCAGGGGAAGGAUGCACUUGUGAGGAACUUCGAAAGAAUGCAGUUACAAAGUCCGUCAUCGGAAUACCUGCCGGUGUGGUUUGAUCCUCCGAGAGACGGGAGCAUGCCGUCUUCCACAAUGAAGAUGUACGCCAUUGGAAAUGUAGAAAGUUGGUAG